AUCAUUGUCAUUAUGUAUGAAUUGAAUAAAUUGACCCUCUGGGUAAUGACAGGUCUGGUUGCUGUCACGACCGUCUUCUUUAAUGGCUACAUCUUCUUGGUGAGUCUGUGGAACUACAGGCAGAACAAGAAGUGGAGUCCGUGUGAGACCAUCAUUCUGGCUCUGUCAGUGGCCGACGUGGCUCACCAGCUGCUCUGUUACUUUUGGAUGACCAUGAACGAGGUGGACAGUCAGUGCCAAAUCUCUGCGAUGCCCUACACCGUCAUGAUGCUGUUAAUCUACAGCCUCAAGUUCACCAUCAUGUGGGACACCAGCUUUCUCACUUUUUACUACAGCACCAAGCUGGUACACACCCCCAAUCACUGCUACACACAGAUCCAGGCCGCCAUCCUCAGGCACGUCACCUUAGCUGUUUGUCUCAUCCCUCUGUGCGGCCUGGGCACCUGCAUGCCCAUGCUCUUGGUGUUUAACUCUGGCAACUUCACCUUAGCCGACAGAGUCUGUGGGGUUUUAAUGCCCAACUCGUCCUCUGGCCAGAUCUACCAAGGAAUGUUUCUGAUCCUGGCUGAUGUGCUGCCAGGGGUGCUCAUGGUGAAAUGCUGCAUCUCCAUCUCUGUCCACCUGGCCAUCCAUCUCCGUCACAUGAAAGCCAGCACAAAUGCGGCGCACGGGCCCAAGCUGGGCACCCAGAUGAGGGUGAUCAAGAUGGCUUUAUCUCUAGUGGCCGUCUUCAUCCUCUGCCUCAUGGUCGACCUGUACGUCAACUACCAGAUAAUGGUGAAGAACAGCGAGAACAUCAUCGUGCUCAUGUUCUUCUUCACAUCCAUCUACACGACUGUCACCGCCACGGUGCUGAUCUAUGGGAAAAAGACGUUCUGGAAAGCUCUGAUACAUGAAUUGAAUGUCUGCCUGGAUAUAUAUCCGUGUUUGGCUCGUCUGAAGGUGCCUGAACAAAAGGCGAAACCCAGCGCUCCUGCAAAAGUUCACACCUGA